GGGAGACGUGUAAAUGGACGUUUGGUCGCAUGUUAUCACCACCACCCACCCGUCCAGCCGGCGCGGUGCCGGCCGCCGACGGCAAUUCCAAAGAGGAAACGUCGCUUUGGAAAACCCUCCGAUAUUUAUCUUAUACCCUUUGCGCUCUUCUCUUCCCUUUCACAUAUAUAUACACAUACGAUAUCCCAGUUUCCUCCAUAGAAAUUACUUUCUUCUCGUUUCUUGAAAACCCAUAUCUUUGUUUCCCGCUUGUUCGAGCUAGAUUCGAAGAUGAACCAUAACCAGCAGCAGCAGAUAAAUCAACCUUCAGUUGCAAGCCAACCACCAUCGACGGAAGCAGGUCCGUAUGUGGCUCCACCGCCGGCUGGUUACCCAAUGAGCAAAGGCGAUGAUCAGCCCUACUAUUCCCAAAACCCUGUUGCGGUGGAAACAAAGUCCAGAGGUGAUGGAUUCUGGAAGGGUUGUGCUGCUGCUCUAUGCUGUUGUUGUGUUCUGGAUGCAUGCUGUUGAUGAUUUAUAUUCACUGGAGUUUAUCGUUCCAUUUGUUUUCCAUUAUUUUCUUAAAUGGAGAUAUCAGACAUUUUAUGUUUCU